UCGCAUAGACUUUGCUGUCGCUAAGAAACUCGGCUAGUUGCGUAGUGUCUGUCUUGGAGACCUGAAGUGCUCCUGUAGCUGUCUGGAUUCUUCUUAUGCUGAUCAUUUUUUUGCUGAUUAAAGUCCUCGCCGUGAUGGGCGAGGGCUGGCCAUGGGAGACCAAAUCCCUGCUGGUGGAUAUCGUGCAAACUGUUCCGAAGAGUUCCACCAAUGUAACGAUGAGCCAGUGCGAAAAGCAUCUGCUGCAGCUGGGGGAUGGCUGGCAGGGUCAGCAGUUCUGGGCGUUGAAGGCUCUGGAUGCUUCGGGUGAGGGCUUUUCCAACUUCAUGAUGGGUCAGAGCUUAUGGCUGGGCAGUCCGGCCACCUGCCGUGCUGUCAAUGAACCAGUGCUUACGCAACUCGCCGCACGACAGUCGAGACUCUUGCUGGAUGUGGCCCCCUUUGCGUUUGACUACCAGGUGGCCUACAUCCGGGCCAGAUCACCGUGGCAACUGUCGGUGUCUCUCAGGGAUGACCCAAUGCUCCACAUUGGUCUCUGCCUGCCCAGCAGUUGCAGCACCCCCAGAGUCGAGCGACUACUGCGUCAGGCUCUGAUCACGGGCCAGAGCUUUCAACGCUGGCAGAUGCGUCCACAGCUUGAGUACGCGAAGAAGCCACAGCUGAGGCAGGACUUCUACAAUAGCCGAACACUCUACUUGCUCCUGGGAGUGACUGCUGGAACGCUCCUGCUGACCGUCCUGGCCAUAAGUGGACUUGCAGGCAAUUCCCGCAUCCUGGCCUGCUUUAAUGUAUCUGCCAACUGGCAACGCCUCCGUCAGGAGGUGAAUCCCAGCCAGGAGAACAGCGUCAUCAAUGGGCUGAGGGUCUACGCUGCUUUCACCCUUCUGGGGGUGCAUGUGAUCUGGUAUAAGUACUUCUCCAGUGACUCUUCGGCGGAGAUGCUCGACAAGGUGGUCAAACUGACCAUGAAGCACACCUACUUACCACUUGUAGUGGAGGUUUUCUUUGUUAUUAGUGGCUUCCUCACCGUGACGAAUUUUCUGCGGGACGAGAAACUGCAACAGAAUAUUGCUCGGGACAGCCUGGGCGGAAAUGUGCAUCGCUACUUCAGGCAGCUGCUGCAUCGCUUCCUGCGUCUGGCUCCGCUGCAGUUCGUAGUCCUUCUGAUAGGUACCCUCAGCAUGGAAUAUCAUCGACAGGUGUCCGUCUUUCACAUAAUCGAUGCGAUGGACCUGCACUGCCAUCAGCAUUGGCACCGCCAGGUGCUAUUCAUCCAGAACCUUUAUCCAAUCCUAGAGAUGUGUGGGAACUGGACCUGGUCGCUGGCUUGUGAUAUGCAGAUCCAUAUGUUGGCUCUGCUGCUGCUCUUCAUUCACACCAGCCAUCAGAGGGUGGUGCGCUGUCUGGUUGUUCUGCUGCUGGCGGGGAGCGCUGUCUAUACGGUUGUGAUGAUGAAGAUCCUGAAUGUGGGCGGCAAUUUUGAGUCAUUAUUUCACACUGGCGGGCUGUUCUACGUGAAUCCCAUUGUCCGCAUGCUGUCCUAUAUUGUUGGCGCUGCCUAUGGGUAUUCUCAUGCUCGGGGCUGCCCGACUCCUUUCGAUCAGGUGCUGCCUAAUCGGUGGGCCAAGCUGGGCCUGGCAUGCGUGUUGGUGGGGCUAUCGUAUCCGGUGGUGGGCACGAGUCAAGCCUCCUCGUCACUUGUAAUUGCAAUUUUUCUGCUCUUUCUCCGACUGCUUUUUGCCUCAGGGGUUAGCCACCUCAUUAAAAGGGGAGCCAAGUCGGAUACAAGCGAACCGUAUGCACCCACUCGCUGGCUCCUUGCUCUCCUGCAGGCCAGCUCCAUUCAGCGGGCCAGCCGAUUCACCUACGCCAUCUACUUGCUGAAUCCCAUUGUCAUACUCAACUUCUACUUCUCCCUCAGCAGCGGAAUAAGUUCGGAUGCUGCCAUGAUUUUCCUUCUGACUGUGGCCGACUCGGUGACUUGCUACGUUCUGGCCAUCGGACUCCCCCUCUUUUUUUAA